AGGGUUAGUUGGUGGUGCAUCUUUUUUUUUCCUUUCUCCCCUUUUUUGUGUUACAAAAAUUGACAUGAUAAACCACACACUACCGCACAAUAGGUGGCAGCAUGCACAAACAAAAUGUGCGAACUUCAUUAUACCGAAGAAGAAGCUGUGCCUGUGUAUCGCUGCAGUGCAUUGGCAAAGCGACAGCAACGCAGGAUUGUAGCUGCUCGGGGCUGCUGAGCAAAUACCAUCUCAGGCCGGGUUGGAUAGGACCCCAUCGCAUUUUCUAUCAUUUGGAAAUUAUAUAUAGCUCAACAGGAGAGUGUUUUAAAUUUAAGUGGAUCAGAUUGUAACCAAGCCAUUUGGGCUUAUUUAAUUUUUUUAUAUAGGCUAUUUGUUUUGUAUUCAUUUAAAUGACCCCGACUCUCACCAAUGGUGUAAGCUGUGUUCAUCUCUACAUGGGUAAACAAUUUUGAUCAUCGGGCAUUUUGUUAUUUAUUUAAAAUAAUUUUUUAAGUGAUAUUGUUGUACUCUCGAAAGGGAGUCCCUUUACGGAAUACAGCUGGAUUGCAUAGGGGAAUCUUCAAAUCUGUCUGGGCUAGGAGGAGAUUCGAUUUUUUUCCAUCCGGGAGUGGGGGAUAAUAUGUCCAGGCGAAAACAGAACAACCCCUUCAAAGUUAAUUGUAGGUAUCUCAGGUAUUGUAAAUGCCAUUUUUACUUGUUGAAAAGUAAUGAGGCGUAUCAUUUCCUCCAUCUAACUAGACGAUUGUUUUCACCACCGUUGAAAUUGUGAACUGUAAGACAAUGUGUCAAUCACCAUCGUUGAUACAAGCGCCUGAUACAAUGUUUUAGUUCAACCCAUGUAGCGCGUAGACGUCAAUAUUUGUAUAAUUUUGAUGAUACAUUGAAUCAAUGCGCGUGACACCGACGAUUGUCUGUAUCUUCGAACCCCCAAAAAUUGUCAUGAACCAUUAUUAGGCUACUAAUACUAUGAUAUUAAUAUUUGUAUGGAGAUGACAACCUCACAAUUGCAUGCGCAGGUCGUUUUCUCCGAGGGAAACUAUUCAGAUAGUUAUUUCCAUGUGUUUUCCGGGGCUUAUGUUGGUGGUUUUUAAUUAGAUUCUUUGUUUGAGCAUGCUGGUCCCUGUUUUCAACUCUUGUUUUGAGAGUACUAUAUAGCCGACCAAUGAAAAUAAAUAAUAUUAGUGUUGAGAUUAGGACAGAUUUCACCCAUCUUGGUCUCAGAAUCCAUGUAAGAUGUUGUCCCUCAUAAAAUGUCAGUUUAAACUAGGUACAACAUGCUUUUGCAUUGACUGUUCUUUCUGUUUCUCUGGAUAAGCUCUCACAUUGUCAUCUCAGAUUCAGAUAGAGAACCAGUACAGCCAGUGGAGAAUAGCAAUGUGGGUCAUACCACUAGAUUUGUCAAUGCCUGGGGCCAAAAUAAGAGACCAUAUCUUUUUUUUAAAUGGAAAGGUGCACUGUUUCGUUUCUGUAAUCAGAGCCCACUAAAACACGUUUCGUUAAACAUUUCUGUUCCAUGAGUGCUGUUGUGUCUGUCAUAGUCACCAGCUUAGGGGAGGAUGUUUUUCAGUGUCACUGACUACGUUGGCUAUCUGCAAGCAACAUUCCUCCAAUUCCAAUGGGAGACUACUCCAGAGCAGGGCCCUUCCACAGCACCGGCUUUGCAGGCCCCCUCCACACUAUUAACAUGGAUGGCAGGGACGAUUUCAUUGAGGACAGCGAAUGCCACAGCAACAAUUCCCAACAGGACAGCAUUUCAGAAGACAGUGAUAGCGACCUGGACAACCACGACUCAUCCUCCAACACCUCAGCUGACGACCACAUGACCUCCACCAAGAGAACACACCACAGGGGAGUUAAAGAAGAGAGCGAGGAGGGGGCCGACCUGAUGAGCAGCUGUGUGUGUCCUCUGUGCACCCUGGAGUUCAGCAGCCCCGAGCAGCUCAUCACACACGUCUACCAGCACACAUCGUUGAUGGGCAGCAGUAAGAACUACGUGUGCCCAGUGUGUGGGCGCACGCUCAGCUCGCCAGGCUCCCUGGGGCGCCACCUUCUCAUCCACUCUGAGGACCGCCUCUCCAACUGUGCUGUGUGUGGGACACGCUUCACCAACACCAACAACUUCAACAGGGAGAAGCUCAGAGAGGUCCUGAACACAGGCAGCAGUAUGGAAUGCAGCAGCGGAGAUGAGAACUGUUCCAUGUCCCGGUCUCUCUCCAGCAGCCCCAUGGGCAACCCCGGUCAUGGCCUGGGACACGGCCACGGGCCCAGCCACAACCAAGGACACAACCCUGGCCGUGGCACAGGCCACAUCCCAGGACACAGCCACGGCCCGGGAUACAACCCCGGCCACAACCAAGGACAUGGACAUGGCCCAGGACACAACCAUGGCCAAGGUCUCGGACACCUCCCAGGCCACCCACUCCCUUCACUGCACCACAGCCUCCUCUCUUCACCCCCCUCCUUCCCUGACGCCCUCAGCCCCUCACCCGGCCUACCCAUGCUGCCAGAUAUCCUGAGCCCCAUGCCUGUGCACCCAGCCGGAGUGCUGCUGGUGUGCAACAGCUGUGUGGCCUACCAGCAGCUGGUGGACACCCAGUCUCCCAUGAGGAAGUGGGCCAUGCGCAGGAAGAACGAGCCGGUGGAGGCACGCAUGCACCGUCUAGAGCGCGAGCGCUCUGCCAAGAAGACCAAGCGGGAGCACGAGUCACCCGAGGAGCGGGAGCUGCGGAGGCUGCGGGACCGCGAAGCCAAGCGGAUGCAGAGGCUGCAGGAGACAGAGGAGCAACGGACACGGAGGCUUCUGCGCGACAGGGAGGCCAUGCGGAUGAAGAGGGCCAACGAGACGCCAGAUAAGAGGCAGGCCAGGCUGAUCCGUGAGAGAGAGGCCAAGAGACUGAAACGGCGGCUGGAGAAGAUUGACCCCUCCCUGAGAGGUCAGAUAGAGCACGACCCAGCUGCUAUGGCUGCCCUGACGGCAGACAUGAGCCUGUUCCAGUUCCCCUGCCCCAUGCCUGUCCCCUCUCUGGACAACAGCCUCUUCAUGAAGCUGCCCUAGCAGGACCAGGUCACUGGGGGCAGCACACUGGGCCACUAACAGUUAUAAUGGCCUCUCCACUACGCCUGUGGGUUGCCAUGACCACAGAUGGAACCAUUCCAUGCUGGUUGAAAUUCCAGCAGCUUCUGUGUCCAACGACUUGAUACCCGAACUCCUGUGUCAGCAAAUAACAUUAAUUUAUUACAGACUAGCAGGAAAUAAGAGCAGGUUCAAGAAUGUUUCACUUAAUGGUAGGUAUUGAUAAAGCAUGUUGUAAAGAGAUUUUAUCUGUUCUGUUUUGGGGGCAAGCAGACUUUGACAUACCAGCCCAUUGUGACAGGAGGAGUUACACCCUUCCAUCUUUUGCACAUGGACCUUCAGUGGUGGGAAUGAGUCACGUAGCCCAUAGCUCUCUCCCUCGCCUCUUGUCCCUUCUGCUAGCAAAGUCGCUGGAGUUUACCGGUAGCUACACCUCUCUCACGCUGCCAACGUGGGUCUCUGCUCUGGCUAGCUCAUAUCCACCCAAUCAACUACCUCAGUAAGGGGCUGAGGCCGAGCCCUCUUUGGUCUACGUUCUGACUCCAAGCUUCUUUACACGUUACACCACAGAAGAGAAUGCAGGUUUUUUCCUUAGUUUGAGAGUGUGUUUAUAUCUUUAGGACGUAUUCACAGCUCACCAGGAGAAUAUUCAACAGGACAGAACAUUCAGUAAGACAUAGUCAGAAAUGUACUGUAUAAAACGGGAACGAUAGAAAAUGGGCCUGUUCUAUACAUCACAUUUCUAUCCGCUAUGCUCUGAAUAUGCUGUACUAUUUAAUGAGCCCUGUUUUAAGCAACAUUGUCCUCCAUUCCAGCAUAUUCUCUUCAACUCAAAAUAUACUGCCACUACCGUAGGUCUUUUUGCCUUUUAUUAGUCACAUUGACCUUCCUCAAUCUGUUUUUCCCUCGUACCUUCAACACUCAACCUUUGCCAAGUAGUUGGUAAUAAUUUACUUUUAACUUUAUGCAUCUUCUGUUGUGUUGACAUUUUUGGCUCAUCAAACCACAAUCUUUGCUGCUGUUACUGUUCUGUAUAUGUUAGUUACCUCUAGGACAUUUAGGACUAAACAUGUGAACUGAGAGAGCUAAUUUAUUAGCAUUUUUCUAAAUGCCCCAAAUUGUCAUAUUUCCUUCCUCACUUAGCCAACGUAUUGAAAUAUGCUCAUACAGUUGAAGUCUGAAGUUUACAUCCACUUAGGUUGGAGUCAUUAAAACUAGUUUUUCAACCACUCCACAAAUUACUUGUUAACGAACUAUAGUUUUGGCAAGUCGGUUAGGGCAUCUACUUUGUGCAUGACACAAGUCAUUUUUCCAACAAUUGUUUACAGAUGAUUUCCCUUUUAAUUCACUGUAUCACAAUUCCAGUGGGUCAGAAGUUUACAUACACUAUGUUGACUGUGCCUGAAAAAUUCCAGAAAAUUAUGUCAUGGUUUUAGAUGCUUCUGAUAGACUAAUUUGCAUAAUUUGAGACAAUUUGAGGUGUACCUGUGGAUGUAUUUCAAGGCCUACCUUCAAACUCAGUGCCUCUUUGCUUGACAUCAUGGGGAGAUCAGCCAAGACUUCAGAAAAAACAUUCCACAAGUCUGGUUCAUCCUUGGGAGCAAUUUCCAAACGCAUGAAGGUACCACAUUCAUCUGUACAAACAAUAGUACACAAGUAUAAACACCAUGGGACCACGCAGCUGUCAUACCGCUGAGGAAGGAGACGGUUUCUGUCUCCUAGAGAUGAACGUACUUUGGUGAGAAAAGUGAAAAUCAAUCUCAGAACAACAGCAAAGGACCUUGUGAAGAUGCUGGAGGAAACAAAAGUACAAAAGUAUCUAUAUCCACAGUAAAACAAAUUCUAUAUCGACAUAACCUGAAAGGCCGCUCAGCAAGGAAGAAGCCACUGCUCGAAAACUGUCAUAAAAAAGCUAGACUACGGUUUGCAACUGCACAUGGGGACAAAGAUUGUACUUUUUGGAGAAAUGUCCUCUGGUCUGAUGAAACAAAAAUAGAAAUGUUUGGCCAUAAUGACCAUCAUUAUGUUUGGAGGAAAAAGGGGGAUGCUUGCAAGCUGAACACCAUUCCAACCGUGAAGCACGGGGGUGGCAGCAUCAUGUUGUGGGGGUGCUUUGCUGCAGGAGGGAUUGAUGCACUUCACAAAAUAGAUGGCAUCAUGAGGGCGGAAAAUGUUGCUUCAAUAUAUCCACAUCAAGACAUCAGUCAGGAAGUUAAAGCUUGGUGGCAAAUGGACAAUGACCCCAAGCAUACUAACAAAGUUUUGGCAAAAUGGCUUAAGGACAACAAAGUCAAUGUAUUGGAGUGGCCAUCACAAAGCCAUGACCUCAAUCCUAUAGAAUAUUUGUGGGCAGAACUGAAAAAGCGUGUGCGAGCAAGGAGGCCUACAAACCUGACUCAGUUACACCAGUUCUGUCAGGAGGAAUGGGCCAAAAUUCACCCAACUUAUUUGGGGACGCUUGUGGAAGGCUACCCGAAACGUUUGACCCAAGUUAAACAAUUUAAAGGCAAUGCUACCAAAUACUGAGGGCAUGUAAACGUCUAACCCACUGGGAAUGUGAUGAAAGAAAUAAAAGCUGAAAUAAAUCAUUCCCUCUUAUUCUGACAUUUCACAUUCUUAAAUAAAAUUGAUCUAAACUGGCCUAAGACAGGGAAUUUUUACGAGGAUUAAAUGUCAGGAAUUGUGAAGCACCGAGUUUAAAUGUUUUUGGAUAAGGUGUAUGUAAACUUCCGACUUCAACUGCUUGUGUCAGGGUAAAAGCUAUAUUUUGAAUAACUAAUCUUUGCAUUUUUCCAGGAUCUCACAUUGCAGAGUUCCACUCUCCAAUGAGCAUGUUCUAGACUCAUUAUUAAACCUGUUGACACUCGCCCAGUUGGGAGAGAUCUCUGGUCUUAUCUGUUUCAUUGACCUCAUUCCAAUUGAUAUUUAUGCAACAUGUGAAUAUAUAUUUUGUAAAAGAAUUGGGGGAUAUUUUUUUGGUUUGGUAUAUAAUAGAUGAAAGUACACAUUUUGCCAUGUUUGGUUCUAUACUGUAUGUAUUUUUUCCCCUUCUCUUUGGUCAUAUGUUCUCAAUUACUUGCCUCAAAGGUUACCUCCGAUACACAAUGUUUCACAACUGAGCUCUGCAAACACAUAUUGACAAUGUUACAGUACAUGAUUAGUUUUCUGGAGUAGUCCUUAAGAUAGCAACAAAGCCGGUUCUCAGUUUGAGCCACUACCAGGCUAAAGCCCAGAACAGAAUAGCAUCCCGCUCAACAGGGGUAAAAGCUAUUAUAUUCUAAUUGUCCUUAAGUCUAGGAGUGGUUCAAACCUCUAUGCAACAAUGCUGUUUAUUCCAAGGGGAAUUUGACUCUUAAAACUAUGCAGAGUGCGGUUAAAAAAACAACUGGACUCAAAUGUAUGGAAUUGUGCAACUCAGGCGAUGCAACUCAGCGAGGCCUCUUUGGCCAUAGAUUCAGCGCCCUGGUCCAUGAACUUCUUUUCAGCAGGGUCAUAUCACUAUCCUAAUUUAAGAUACACAGAGAGCAGAGCGGUCAUUAUCUUUGCUAUAAAAUCUGUAACAACAUUUCUGCCAAGUACUGAACGUAUGGACACCUUUUCAAUAAUGAAUACUGGGUAUUCUGACUGAUUUGAACUGGCAGCUGAUAUUAGUGUCAUCAUCCUUACACAGUGGAAUAAUGCAAUGGAAAAUGUGGAGUACGCUCUUCUUUGACAUUAAAAUACUACAAAAGGAAAUUGUAUUGAUAGUUUCCCAGGUUCUGUUUGUGCUUUUGAACAGCACUGUCUAAAGCUCUGCCUAGCGUGACAGUCUGGAUUAGGUUAACACUGCAUGUCGUGAAACUGCAUAUGUUCUAGAAUGGUUCAAUAUGAACUUGUAUUCUACUGUUAUUCUAUGCCUGCCUGUUUUUGUUCAAUUUAAUCAAAAGAUGUUCUUUGAACUUUGGCCUUUUUACUAGUCUAUCAGGAUAUUCUCUUGAUGUCCAUGUUUACAAAGGAAAGCCUUUUAAGAAGGCCAAAAUCAAUGAGGGUAAACAAAAGUGAAAAACAACACUUUACGCUCCUUCUGUUGUCACUGCUCAGAACGGUACUUUUACGGCAGCUGUUCUGCUACUGGAUUAACAGAUGUACAGAUCAUGUUAAAAGCAGGAAUAGAAUGUGGAAAUAAACAUUGUCUUUGACACCC